AUGGAGAUUUCGUUGGCUCGGUUAAACUUUUUGUCGAUGCAAGCCGAAGGAUUCACUGAUCAGAGUGAUUUUCAAGCAAGUAUAGUAACGCGAUGUAAAGUUUCCUUGUUUCUUGCAUGUUUUGAAAUGGGCGAACCACCUGACCAACAAACUGUUGCUUUUGACACUGGUAGCAGCCGAUUUUGGGUCCAUUGCGAUAAUCUAGUGGGUGGUGAUGGUGAAUAUUCAUUGGAUCCAUCCUAUAGUUCUACAGAGUCCUCAACAUUUUCAAAUUUAGCAGACUGUCAUGAGUAUUGUAACAAUGCCACUCAGUGUUUUUGUGACAAAAAAUCAUGCGAAUAUUAUAUGCAAUAUGGAACUGGAUUUUCAAGAGGGAUACUUGCGUCUAAGAGAUUUAUUAUUAAGUCCUCCCACAAUAAAGGAUCACUUAUCAAUGAUGUAGUUUUUGGAUGUUCACAUGAAGCAGAAAUAGCAGCUAAUAACUACAAUGGACUGCUUGAACUUAGGACAGCAAAACAUUUUUUACUAUCACAAUUGGGAUCUGGUGAAUUUUCGUAUUGUAUUGGAAAAUUAGGUGAUCCUAGCUAUGGUAAAAAUAUACUAAUAGUUGGCAAGAAUUUAGCCACUGGAGGAGAUUCAACUCCUUUUCACAUUGAUGGCUUUAAAUACUAUGCAGACCUAGAAAGCAUAAGUUUUGGAGGUAAGAUGCUUAACAUUGACAAAAAACAACUGAAAAUAUCAAAUCAUAAAGGUGGUGCAGCUUUUGAUUCUGGUGCAAGUUUUAGUGCUCUUCAGCCAAUGGCCUAUUGGAAAUUACACGAAGAGAUUGUAGACUUGGUUGGAGAUUCACUUGAGAGAGCGGACUACCAUGGGACAUAUGUAACUAAGCUUUGUUACAAGGGAAAUCUCUACACAGAUUUCAUUGCGGUUCCUAUUGUAGCAUUCCAUUUUGCUAAUGAUUCAACAAUGGAACUGGACUACGAGAACAUCUUUCAACAUUAUUCUGGUGAGACCGCCAAACUUGAAGAUCAAGUGGAUAGAGAUAUGGAGAAUUUGUUGGCUCGGUUAAACUUUUUGUCGAUGCAAGCCGAAGGAUUCACUGAUCAGAGUGAUUUCCAAGCAAGUGAUUCUAGCUAUGGUAAAAAUAUACUAAUAGUUGGAAAGAAUCUAGCCACUGGAGGAGAUUCAAUUCCUUUUCAGAUUGAUGGCUUUAAAUACCAUGCAGACCUAGAAAGCAUAAGUUUUGGAGGUGGUGCAGCUUUUGAUUCUGGUGCAAGUUUUAGUGCUCUUCAGCCAAUGGCCUGUUGGAAAUUACACAAAGAGAUUGUUGACUUGGUUGGAGAAUCACUUGAGAGAGCGGACUACCAUGGGAUAUACGUAACUAAGCUUUGUUACAGGGGAAAUCUCUACACAGAUUUCAUUAGGGUUCCUACCAUAGCACUUCAUUUUGCUAAUGAUUCAACAAUGGAACUGGACUACGAGAACAUCUUUCAACAAUAUUCUGGUAAGGUAUGCUUGAAUGUGGUGGACGCUUCAUAG